AUGCCAAGGUUCAAGCACAAGCCGAAAAAUCAAAAAUCAGAUUUGUCGAUAUCUACAUCACAGGGUACUGAAUCAACAUGUCUGCCAAUAAAUCUGCCUCCGCCAAUUCAGCAUGCACCUCAACCAACUCGACCAGUUUACUCAGCAUCCCAUCCAAAUUCUAUGGAUCAGGACACGCCACAUUCGGGUCCAACAGUUUGUCUUGAAUCACAACCAUCCCGGUCAGUUCACUUGACAUCACAUCCAUCUCCGGUUGGUCGGGACUCAUUACAACCAUCUCAUUCAGUUCACUCUACAUCACAUCUAGUUCUGUCAAAUCAGGAUUCAUCACAGUCAUCUCGAUCAAUUCAUUCUACAUCACAUUCAGAUCCUACAAAUGAGGACUCAUCACAAGCAGCUCCCACAAAUCAGGCCGCACUCAAAAAAAUCCUAGACGUGAAUCAAAUAUAUUCAAGAAAUGAUGUCAAGAAAAUCAAAGUAAAAGCUAAGGAAGUGCUGAAUUUAACAGGUGAAGAACGUAUUGUGGUUAAGUUUGAUAUUUAUGAUGAACCAUUUGGUGAAGCACGCAGCCUUCUUUCGCAUUUUUGUGGAAUUUUAGCGUGUGAUUGCUCUUUAUUUCCAAUCAACUUUGAAAAAUUAUCGAAUUUACCAGUGACAUACUUCAAUCGCGUCUUCGAUCAUAUUAUAAAGAAAAUGCGUCGGAAUCGUGAAAAUCAAAAGAAACAGACAAUUCCUCACACUGGUGGCUCCAAAGCCAAUGCUACAAGAAGCGUUGAAAUGAUGGCCGAGACUGGACAGUGGCCUGGACGAGCACAAAUGUACAUUGCUACUCAUAAGAAUCAAGAUGGAGCAUAUGUUAAUGAAGCGACAAAAGAAAUAUGUGAAAAAAUUGAGUCAACUUUGAGCCAAAGCACCACAGAUGAGUCUCAAGUUUCACCAAAUGAUGUUGUUGGUAAGGUGCUAGGGCAAGAACACUUUAGAAGGGUGAGAUGCUUAGGAUUAGGAUCUUUUCCUCGGAGAAUUUUUCAACAAGUUACACCUUAUUUUGGUAGUACAAGUGCAUCAAUUAGUGGAGGUUCUUAUUCGUUCCAAUGUCGAGAAAACUACAAUCAAAUGAUGAAUUCUCACAAUCAAAUACUGAGUGCUUUGAAGGCAUAUAUGAUACUGAAAGAAAAAAUGAUACCAGAACAAUUUGUGGGGCUCUUUGAUUCUCCUUCAAUGGUUUCUCCCACAACACCAAGUGAUGCGUCCAGUGGAUCCAUUUCGCCCAUGGAUGCAAGGAUACCACGUGAUGAUUCUGAUCCUAAUGACGGUCAUUGA